CCCUUGCGUGUGCUGCGCGCUCGGGUCGAUGUUGCGCAUUUAACACUGACCACACAUGCGGAAUACACAGUCCUCUUCCCCCGAAGAAGUGCUAAAGGGGUCACUCUCAUCUCUGUUCGGACUACUCGACAAACGCGAGCGAUUCUACGGAGAUUUCUAUUCCUUUGGACAAAGGAUAAAGAACCAAAGAUAGGGAAAAGUGCGCUGAAUGCUUGUUGAUCAUGCCGCGGAGCCCCAUGUCUAGCGAGGAGGAAAUGGCUCAGAGUUUCUCGGACUCGGUCAGUUCGGAAUCAGAUAGCUCCCGAGAUGAGCCUCCCAGGCUGGAUCGACCUACCAGCGCCCGACUGGAUGACAGCCUGCGAGACACAAUGCUCAUCUGUGUGGUCAUCCCUGACCUGCAGCAGUCUAAAUCCAUGAGGUUCAGUCCUGAUGCCACAGUAUGGGUUGCUAAGCAGCAGAUCCUGUGUACACUCACACAGAGUCUGAGGGAUGUGCUCAACUUCGGGCUCUUCCAGCCAGCGGUGGACGGGAGGGAGAGUGGUUUCCUGGAGGAAGAACGGCCCCUGAGAGACUAUCCGCUAUCCACCAAUAAAGGCGUUCCAACCCUUGAGUUUCGCUAUAAGAGCAGAGUGUACCAGCAGCCAAACGUCAACGAAAAGCAAAUUGAAAAACUCCACACACAGGUCAACCUGAGGACAUUUAUGGAGUAUAUUCAGCAUCAUCAGGUGGACAAAGUCUCCAAAAUGUUGGAAAGAGGGUUGGACCCCAACUAUCAUGACCCUGAAACUGGUGAGACACCACUAACCCUUGCGGCCCACCUGGACAAUAUGGUGGAGAUUAUAGUUACAUUGAAAAACGGCGGGGCUCAUUUAGAUUUCCGCUCUCGGGAUGGGAUGACUGCCCUGCACAAAGCAGCCAGGGCAAAGAACCAGAUAGCUCUUAAGACUAUGUUGGAUUUGGGAGCAUCUCCAGACUAUAAGGACCGGCAGGGUUUGACUCCACUCUACCACACAGUGACUGUAGGGGGAGACCCAAGCUGCUGCGAGGUCCUUCUGAGAGCCCAUGCCAGCGUGGGAUGCCACGAUGAGAACGGCUGGCACGAGAUCCACCAGGCUUGUCGAUACGGCCACAUUCAGCACCUGGAGCAUCUCUUGUUCUACGGAGCUGACAUGCAUGUGGAAAAUGCAUCUGGGAAUACGGCUCUCCAUAUCUGCGCUCUGUACAAGCAGGAAAAGUGUGCCAGGGUUCUUCUGGUUCGAGGAGCCAGCAAAGACGUCAAAAACUACAGAGGACAAACACCCUUUCAGGUUGCAAUAAUUGCUGGAAAUUUUGAGCUUGCAGAAUUCAUAAAGAAUCACAAAGACGCUGAUAUUGUGCCUUUUCGGGAGGCACCGGCAGGCACGGGUCGGAGCAGGCCGCUGCAGCAAACACCGCCACAGCACCAGGGUAGGAGCACUCUUGCUGCCCCACGCGUGCUGCUCCGCUCCAACAGCGACAACAACCUGAACAUUAACAAGCUACCACUGGACCGUUCUUGCUCGCCCUCUCCUGCCGCCUCCCCCCUGCGCAGCCUCUUGCCCCGCCACCCCCAGCAGAUGCAGAACAGCCCCAAUGGCACGGUGAAGACCAUGGCCCGGGGGGGACUCUCCGCCCGAAGUCGUUCCCCUUCCCUGGGCCGACUGGGGGAGGGAGACACCCGGAGACAGACCCCUCAGCGCCACAGCAGUCCCCGUGCCAACAGGGAUGCCUACUCCGGCAUGGACACUCCAGGGUCCAAACGCAAGCUUUACAGUGCUGUGCCAGGAAGACACUAUAUGGUGGUCAAGUCUUACCAACCGCAGGGCGAGGGAGAAAUCGCUUUGUAUAAGAACGACAGGGUCAAAGUUCUCAGUAUUGGAGAAGGAGGAUUCUGGGAAGGCAGUGCCCGAGGGAAUGUAGGCUGGUUCCCAGCAGAAUGCGUGGAAGAGAUCCCAAGCAAACCCAACGAGGACAGGCCCUAUGCCCGGGCAGACCGAUCGGAGAGAAGGAAGCUCUUUCGACACUACACUGUGGGAUCUUAUGACAGUUUUGAUGCAUCAAGCGACUGCGUUAUCAACGAAAAGACGGUCGUGCUGCAGAAGAAGGAUAACGAGGGAUUCGGGUUCGUGUUGAGAGGGGCGAAAGCGGAUACUCCUAUUGAGGAGUUCACUCCGACCCCGGCGUUCCCUGCUUUGCAGUAUCUGGAGUCUGUGGAUGAGGGAGGGGUGGCAUGGAAAGCUGGCUUGAGGACUGGAGACUUCCUCAUCGAGGUGAACCAGGACAAUGUCGUCAAAGUGGGCCACAAACAAGUGGUCAACAUGAUUCGUCACGGCGGCAACCACUUAAUUAUCAAAGUGGUGACAGUCAGUCGAAAUCUAGACCCUGAUGACACGGCUCGAAAGAAAGCGCCCCUGCCACCACGGAGGGCUCCCUCCACAGCCUUGUCCAUGCGUUCAAAAUCUAUGACCUCAGAGCUAGAAGACCUAGUGGAUAAAGCCACUUUGAGGAAAAAGAAGGAUAAAGUGGAUGAGGUCGUGCCCCCCCAGAAACCCAUGUGGGACAACUCAAAUGCAGAUGUGAGGGUGGCGGCAGUCAAAUCACGUCCAACUAGCAAGUGUUUUGCUGUCAGCCCAGAAAUGAAUUCUCUCUGCAAUAGUCAGGAUACAGCAGUAGACUCGCCGCAACAGCCAGGGAGUCCUAGAGGCCCCUUUCUGGGUGUACCAAAGGGAACCAUAAGGCGGCAAACAUCUAUAGGAGUAACCGAAGAAGAGAAGCAGUUCCUUACUCCUCCAAUGUUGAAAUUUACAAGAAGCCUUUCAAUGCCUGACACAUCAGAAGAUAUUCCACCACCACCAGCCAUCUCCCCUCCAUCUCCACCUAAUAAUAAUGCUCCUGUCCCAGCUGGUCGAGGAUAUGGCACCAUCAGACCAGGCUUUACGUCACAGAGUCCUAAUGCAAACAGUACAGCCCCAGACAGAGGUGAAGUUGCUGGGUGGAGAGAUCAGGGCAUGUAUUACAGAGACAGUCCCGAACAGUACGAUUCCGAGGGGUACAAUCACAGCCCAACAGCCCAACAGAGUCUUCAUAGGCGCCGUGCCCAAAUUCCUGAAAACCCUUACUCGGAUGUGGGCAAGAUGGGUCAAGCUGGACUGUUUGUGCCCAACAAGCCAGCCAGAAGGAAGGGAAUGCUUGUCAAGCAGUCCAACGUAGAAGACAGUCCUGAGAAAACCUGCUCCAUCCCGAUUCCGACCAUAAUAAUCAAAGAGCCCUCCACCAGCAGCAGCGGUAAGAGCAGUCAAGGUAGCAGCAUGGAAAUUGAGACGACCACACCGGAUCACCCAGGACAACUGCGUCCUGAAGAUGGCUUAAAUCCAGGUAGUCCCUUUGCAGCUGCCAUUGCCGGUGCAGUUAGAGACAGGGAGAAGAGGCUUGAUGCUCAUCGCAACUCCCCAUCUUUUAAGUCAACAGAUGCAGGUGAUGAGGACGUGGUGCCUACACCAGCCCCACGUCUCCGACACUCCAAGUCUAUUGAUGAGGGCAUGUUUAGCAGCGAUGAGCGGCUGCGUAGGCUCAUGGCACCUCCCUCAUCACUACUUAGCAUCCCUAGAGGUGGUGGUAACGUGACGGACUUCAACAGCCCCGAGCCCACCAUGGUAAGGGAACUGUUGAACACCCGUACAGGACACAGCCCGAUCAGUCUGCCUGCUCAUAAGACCUACAGCUCAGGAAGUGGGAAUUACGUUCACCCAGUAACAGGCAAGCCACUAGAGUCCAAUUCACCGUUAGCUUUAGCAUUAGCUGCCAGAGACCGAGCCAUGAGGGAGCAAUCACAGCCUCUUCCGCUAAAGAGUGGCCCAUCCAAACUUGAUCUCAAUAAACCGCUUUUUAUCGACACCAAGCUUAGACCAAAUGUGGAGGUUGGCUUCUCAAGUACCGCUACCAUGGGCCGUCCCCGCGGGGGCCUGCGGAGGCAGAUGACGGAGUCCAAAUAUGAGACUGAAUCCAAGUAUCAACUCGAUCUGGGCAAGCCUGAGAAGAGGCCUGAGGAGAAGAAGAACAUGCUGAUUGACAUUGUGGACACUUCUCAGCAGAAGUCAGCUGGUCUGCUGAUGGUACACACCACAGAUGGGGCAAAAUCGGAGGAUAACAGCUUGUCAGAGGGCGACAGGGACGAGGCAGUGAGUCCCGACAACACCCCUGGGGAGCUUCGCGACCCCAACCAGCCAGCUCCCACCAACCCCCCAGCUCCCAAGGCGCUAUCAGCUGCUCCACAUGGCAAGACCAUCAUAACUGUUAGCUCAGUGGAUGAGCCCGUCAAGCUGCCCUUCGGCAUCCCUCUGCCGCCCUUGGCCUCUGUCGACAUCGAUGAAGAGUUUGUGUUUGCUGAACCCCUACCACCCCCACUGGAGUUUGCCAACAGUUUUGACAUUCCUGAAGACCAGGCGGGGACUAUAGCUGAACUGUUCAAACAUAAAACAAACGGUACAAAAGGGCCUUCUCUUGCUCCCUAUUAUCCCUCGUUAGGUGGUGGGAAUUCCGAAAUCAAGAGACCAACCGUCCUCACAAACUGCACACCUCCCAGCUUCCCUCCUGGGCCGCUAGAGCCGUAUGAACAGAUCACUGACUCGGGUAUUGAGGUCGACAGCCGGAGCAGCGGUGACCCCCAACUGGAGACCACCAGCACCAUCUCUACUGUGUCCAGCAUCUCCACCUUGUCUUCUGAAGGAGGCGAGACUCUGGACACAUGCACCGUCUAUGCAGAUGGACAAGCCUUUUUGGUGGACAGGUCUCAGAUCCUGUCCAAACCAAAACCCAAACCUGCCAUCAAGAGCAAUGCACUUUACAAGGACGCUUUGCCUGAGGAGAAUGUGAGCUCUUUCAGAAUGCCCUCCUCUGUCCCACCUCCGCCCCCUGGAUCAAUUACACCAGAACCCUUGAAAACCCCAACACAACGAACCUCAAAGCUGUGGGGGGACCCUCUGGAGAUGAAAGGACCCCAUGGCCCUGAAGCCAAUUCAGUUCUGCAGCAUGUGAACAAGGACAAAGCACCAAAGCCAGGGGAAACGUUAGACUCUCCGACCGGAUCCAGGACUCACUUCGGAACGAGAAAUCAGGAUGGUGUAUCCCUCAUCUCAGGUACACAGCAGAACACCACCGUUACCUUCACUGCCCAGCCUGGCCCCAACGUGCCUGCCCCGUCACCGUGCCGACAGGCCGAGAGCCUGCCUCCCCACCACCACACCCCGAGCCCUAUCAUGUCCCCGCCGGACUCUGGCCUCAGCUGUGCCUCUUCCCUUCCGACCUCGGCCACUUCCCCCACCAUGACAGACGUAUUUGGUCUGCCCACACCGCCCCUCAGCCUGGGCACGGGGCGUAGCCGUUCCCCUUCCCCGCUCACCCUUAUCCAGGCCGCAUCAAACAAGCCCUUUGCCACCAAACCCGUCCUCAUGUGGAGCAAGCAGGACGUGGCUGACUGGCUCGAGAGCCUGAACCUGGGCGAGCACAGGGAUGCCUUUAUGGACAAUGAUAUCGAGGGCAGCCAUUUGCCCAACCUGCAAAAGGAGGAUCUGAUCGACUUGGGAGUGACUCGUGUGGGUCACAGAAUGAACAUCGAGCGGGCGCUGAAAGUCCUCUUGGACAGAUGAGACUGGGCAGACGUCCUCACCAGGACUCCACGCAUCUUGUUCAUAAGCUUCUUUUUCCCUCUUCCCUUAUUUCGGUUCACUAAUUUGAACAGUUUGUUGUCCUAUCAUGCUUUCGGUGGAUUUUAGGAACUCUCACAUCCUGAAGAAACUCAAGUGUUCAAAAUAUCCACGUAAGCACAAGCGGUUCCCUGCGUUUCUGUUCCAAGAGCUCCGGCACCAGAGAGGACAUUGAAGCCAACACACUGUAUGGAAACUACAAACAUGAGCUGACUAUCCUUUGGCUUUUAAGGACUUUGGCCUUCUUUGAAUGCACUGAAACCAGCAGAGCUGGGGAUCCAUUUUCUAUCUUUGCUAAGACAAUUCUACAGAGAAUAUUUCUUCAGGAAAAAAGGGAACCUUUGUCUAUGUAUCAGCUGCCUAUGAAAUAAAUAUCUGGCUUUUUUUUCCUCCUACACCUUCGACCUAGAGGUACACGAAUCUCGGAGAUGUGAUCAGCGGGCAUUUAGAUGUCCCUCAGUUCAUUCCAUGACAGUCCUAGAAUGGCCGUGGUCACUUGAAAACACAGAGGUCAACUCUCCCUAUAUGCGAACAAACGUAACCGUAGCAAGCAACAGGUCUCUCCACCAUCUUAAAUCUUCAAGUCUUGUAAUACGCUAACAUUGGAUGUUUGUCUGAAUGAUCAACAAUUCUCUUGGGUCUUUGAAUUGUGGUUUACUAUUAGGUGUCUUCCAUAUGGUAAGGAGGUCUACGGCAUUCCCACCAACAUUUUAAUUUGUACCUUUAAUCGAUACUAGUUUGCGUUGUUGCUAGUCAGUAUUAAUUUCCAGCGGAUUUGAUUUGGAAUAAUGGGUCUUCACAGGAACACAUAUGAUCUGAAAUACUGAGGUUUAGUUUCAUGGGUGAAUGCAAAAUAAUUUAAUUGAAGUAGAAACUGACAACUCUCUUUGUCAAAUUUGACAGCUUUGAGUUGAACGCUGACACAAUCACUCUGAAAGGGCCAAUAUGUAUCUGUCUUUUGCUUUAAAAAUGUGAUGAAUUUUUCAUUUAAUAAUUAAUUUUUAUGUACGGUAUUUAUUUUUUGUAAUUAUAAUUCGCUAAAUCAUUUGAUUGUUGGGUGGUAAAAAGGAACGUCCAGAAAACUACAGGAAACCUCCUUAAUCUAUACAUAUCAAUGUCGUCAAUUGUAACUGAUACAGGAGUUCAUAUCUGUAAAUUGUUGAGUAUUUUUUUAUUUAAAUUUUAUUUGGAUUUUUUUUUUUGCAACUAAACCUGCAACUGUCUACAACACAUUUUUAAGCAAAGUGCUUUUACUUGUCCUUUAAUUUUAUGUCUUGCAAUUGCUUUGCUCAACAAUUGGAAGAAGGUAUGAUUUUGCUGUCUUACUACGUUAUUCAUUUAAACAUGUAACUGCAAUGUGUGCCUAUCCGUGUUACAAUUUGACACACCACAACAUCUUUAGGUCAUUUGAAGUUUAGUUGUGAUCUUUUCGUUGUUAGACACUCGUUUCUCAGAGAUUUAUCAAUUUCAUCAGACUGUAAAUGCCAAAAAAUCCCACAGGUAUGGCAUCGGACUAGAGAUAAUAUUCAUAUUUGUGAUUAAAACAUCACAGAGACACGAAGGGCCAGCCAGCAUUAUACAUUUCACCUUCAGUAUUCAAUUCAAUGCACUGUGGGUAACGCCGGCGAUAGAUGAGAUAGAGAAUGGCUGUGAAUGAAGUUAUGACCGUUUAAAGUAUGCAGUGAAGAGAUUCAGAAAUAAAUUAUAUAUAUGUUUGCUUAUCUCUCGACCUUAGAGGAGUUAGAGUUAUCAUCUCUAUAUAUCUUAUUUUAGGAAACAGCACAGUAUUUUAAAGAUUUAUAGAAAUAUUUAUGAAAUUUUUAUGACAUUUAACUCUGAUAUGUGGUGUGCCAAAAAUCUAUGUGGUAUCAGUUAAGAAGCAAUACACCAAUUUAAAGAACACUGUUUGGUCUUUCUUUGCCAGUAUUCCACAGUACCGUAUAUAAUAUGAAAUGAAAUUUACAUAUACAUAGGUCUCAGUGAAUUAGAAGAUAUGAAAAAUAAUGAGAUAAUGGCUGUCACCUGCUUCUUUUAGACUAUGUAAUUAAAGAAAGAAGU